AUGUCUCGCCAACGUCACCCAGUACAGGGGAAAGAGUCGGACAGUCCAGCAACUGCACUGGCUAACCCAAUCCUCGAAGUUCCUCCGAGCAUGGUAAAAAAGCUUCUUCACUGGGAUGAAUUGCCACACUGGCAGCGCGACAAUCACCACAUCCACACUGGAUAUCGACCAGCCUCGUCUUCAUUUUGGGCCUCGUUCCUAUCAUUGGGCUACUUUCACAAUGAAACCAUCAAUAUCUACAGUCAUCUUCUUCCAGCCAUCUUAGCCGUUCCUGCAGCUCAUCAGCUCUAUCAUGCCCUGGAACCGCGUUAUCAGACUGCAGCAGACUCUGACAUUGCUGCGUUUUGCUGCUUCUUUGCCGGUGCUGCUUUCUGUCUGGGAAUGUCCGCGACAUAUCACACGAUCUCUAACCACUCGCCUGCGGUGGCCAGGAUUGGCAAUGCGCUCGACUACAUUGGCAUAGUCGGGCUUAUUGUGGGCAGCUUUGUACCAAGUGUCUUCUAUGGAUUUUACUGUGUACCCGAGCUCCAACAUCGAUACUGGACCAUGAUCUGCACCAUUGGGCUGGGCUGCGUGUGUGUCUCAAUCGUCCCACGGUUCCGGACUCCCCGCUGGCGACCGUUUCGGGCCGCCAUGUUUGUCGGGAUGGGCCUGUCCGCCGUCUUCCCCGUACUCCAUGGCUUGUCUCUGUUUGGGUUCGACCGUAUGCGACAGCAGAUUGGCCUCACAUGGCUUCUGCUCCAGGGUUUCUUAUACAUUCUCGGGGCCGCGAUCUAUGCAGCACGGGUACCCGAACGACUGCGGCCCGGCAAAUUUGACCUCGUUGGCAGCUCGCAUCAGAUAUUCCACGUGCUGGUCGUGUGUGCGGCGGUGGCUCAUCUGACGGGACUGUUGAAAGCGUUUGAUUAUCGGCAUAGUGGGACUGCCGAGAUCUGUUAG